AUGUAUGUGCGACCCGUCAUAGGCCAGAUUCACAAUGCAGCGCCGUCCCUCCCCGUCUACUACCCCGACCAGUCUCCCAACCCGGCUUCCCAAGGAUAUCAAGACCAGCCGUACGAGCGAUCUUCGCCUGCUCGUGGUAACACCAACCCUUCCGACCCCAGUUAUAACCAGGACCUCGCCGUUCCUUCGAGAGGCCCCUCCUCCCGCCACGAUUACGCCGACCAAAGACAGUGGAAGAACUCGCCCCAACCCGUCGCCUCGGCCCAGAACCCACAUGCUGUGAGCAACAUCACCCCUGGUGCCGACAACUUUAGCAACGAAGCCGCGGGAGGCGUUGCCGGUAUUGCCUACUCAGUCGCCGAUUCCCACGCGAGAGAAAGCGGAGUCGAAGCCAUGAGGGGACACCAGCAGCAGCCCGGUUACGGCGGGCCCUAUCAGGGAGGCAACUUCCCCAACCCCAUCAACAAGCCUACGGCCAAUCCGGACCCUACGAUACCCAUGUCGGGCUACGGCCCCCAAGCGCCCCCUGCCGUUUACGAGACGUACGCGAACGACCCUUAUUCGUACUCGCGCCCUGCCAUACCCGCCCUCGGUGUCGUCGAUCCCAAUACCAUUGCCGACGAUGGCGAUGACGGACUUGACUACAGGAGACCGGCGAGGAACUCGAUGCUCAGUCUGAAUAGCAAUCGGAGUGGAGCACGCAAUGCCGCGACUGGGGCCGCAGCGGCGGGUGCUGCUGGCGGCGCAGCCGCAUCAGGCUUGUUCCGCGAUGGCGCCUCUGCACCAACUGGUGGUCGCGCCGCAGAUAUCCUUGCCGAAAAGGAGUCGCCGUGGCUUAAGAAGCAGCAUUCAGGGCGCAAACGCUGGAAGUGGGCCGUUAUCGUUAUUGUCUUCCUCAUCGUCAUCGGCGCCAUUCUUGGAGGAGUCCUCGGGACGGUCCUUAAGAAGGGAGGUGGUAGUUCGCCUUCAAAACAUGGCCAGUCGGCUGACGACGAUACGGCCGAGAACGGCGAUCUCAGCAUCAACAGCGCCGAAAUCAAGGCGCUCAUGAACAACAAAAAUCUCCAUAAAGUGUUCCCCGGUAUGGAUUACACGCCCAUCAACACGCAGUAUCCAGAGUGUCUCCACGAUCCGCCCUCGCAAAACAACAUUACCCGCGACUUGGCCGUGAUCAGCCAGUUGACCAACACUGUUCGCUUGUACGGUACCGAUUGCAACCAAACCCAGAUGGUUGUCCACGCUAUCCAGCGUCUUAAGCUUGAUGACACGAUGAAGGUGUGGCUUGGCGUGUGGCAGGAUAACAACGCAACCACCAACAGGCGCCAGCUCGAUCAGAUGUGGGACAUCCUCGACGAGUAUGGCGAAGAUCCUUUUGCUGGUCUCAUUGUCGCCAACGAAAUUCUUUUCCGAGAACAAAUGACCAAUUCACAGCUCUCGCUUCUCCUCACCGAUGUCAAGACGAACCUGACCGGGCCUGGCGUCCCCGUGACGGAUGUCUCUGACUACAUCAUGGGCAACAUCCAUCCCUUUUUCUCAGGUGUCAACGCCAAGGGUGCCGCCGAGUGGACCAUGAACUUUUGGGAGGAUGUCAACGGCGUCGUGUGGAAGUCGGACAAGAAGAAGAACAUCAUUGCCGAGAUUGGUUGGCCCAGCCAGGGUGGCACCAACUGUGGUGAUGGCACAGCGACGGGCUGCCCCAACGCUUCGGUGGCGGGUGUGACAGAGCUUAACAAACUGCUCGAAGACUGGGUGUGUCCGGCCCUUAGCGACGGUACCCAGUACUUUUGGUUCUCCGCUUUCGACGAGCCGUGGAAGGUCAGCUUCAAUGAGAAGAAUAAAGAGUGGGAGGACCACUGGGGAUUGUUUGAUGUCAACAGGAACCUGAAGCAGGGCAUCACGAUACCAGACUGCGGCGGAAAGACGAUAUGA